CGUGAGUCACAGUGAGGGAUGAGGGAUCCGGAGCCGCCGCCUCCCCCCCCGCUCUCCUCCCCGCCAGUGUCAGCAGCAUCAGCCGCAGAGCCCGGCCCUCAGCUCAGCCACCAUGAUGGAGGAGAUAGACCGCUUCCAGGUGCCCACCGUCCACUCCGAGAUGCAGCCCCUGGACCCUGCGGCAGCAGCGAUAUCAGAUGGAGACUGUGAUAUCAGAGAGGGGGAAACGGUGUCAAUGAAUUAUAAGCCUUCCCCGCUGCAGGUCAAGCUAGAGAAGCAGCGGGAGAUGGCCAGGAAGGGUUCUCUGAAGAACGGAAAUGCCGGCAGCCCAGUGAACCAGCAGCCUAAGAAGAACAAUGUCAUGGCAAGGACAAGAUUGGUCGUCCCAAACAAAGGUUACUCCUCCCUGGACCAAAGCCCAGAUGAGAAACCGCUUGUAGCACUGGACACAGACAGCGAUGAUGACUUUGAUAUGUCCAGAUACUCGUCCUCAGGGUACUCCUCAGCUGAGCAGAUCAACCAGGACCUGAACAUCCAGCUGCUGAAGGACGGCUACCGGUUAGACGAGAUCCCAGACGACGAAGAUCUGGAUCUUAUACCCCCAAAAUCUGUCAACCCCACCUGCAUGUGUUGCCAAGCAACCUCCUCCACCGCCUGCCAUAUCCAGUAAUGAGGGAGGGCCACCUGUUUGUGUAUUCCACGAUAACUGUAAACCUAACAGCCAUUGCUUCCUCCUAUGGUAGGACACGCACCUAUUUGUGUUCAUGGGGCCAGGAGAAACCAAAAAGUCCAUUAUUUUAUCUGAUUCCUGCUGUGACGCCAUCGGAACAGUGACACAAGGCCUAUCCCUUGUCACCAGAGCUGCCAAUCAAUAAUCGCUGGAGAAUACACCGAUCGCUCUCCAGACAGUCUAGCCGAGACAGAGAGGUGUAGCGGCGGGUGGAGACGUCUCGUGUCUGUAGGUCCCAGGACGUGAUGCUGCUUUCCUGUAGAUGUCAGGGUAGAAUCAUGGUAACCUGCCUGGGUUUCCUCCAUGUGCCAGAAGAGGAACACGUGUUUAGCAAUAUCAUGUAGCAUUAGACGAGGAAGAGGAUCUGUAUGUGUCUCACCCUCCAUGUUCUGUGUAAGAGCGCCGAGCCCCGCCUCGGCCGCGUCACGCUACAUAAUUACUGAUCUAUUGUGCGCCAUCCGCUGUAGUGGCAAAUGCAUCCAUGUUACAUCACUCUGGACAUUAUGGCCCAAAUAUUAUAUGCCUUAACAAGAGAUAAAGUGGAGACGGAGAAAGAGAGAUAAAGUACCAGCCAAUCAGCUCUUCGCUGUCAUUUUUCAAACAGCCUGUGAGGAGCUGAUUGGCUGGUCAGUUAUUUCUCUUUAUCCGUCUCCACUUUAUGUCUUGUUAAGGCUUCAUACAUUUGGGCCAUUGUGUGGAACCCUCAGAUGUGGUGAUGAUGUUGUCACCUCCCACAAGUGGUCACAUUACCUCCUGAUAAGCCACAGUCCACCCAGUGUGUAUGAUGUUCAGGCUGGUACACCACGUGUAAUGUGCGUCUGUAGCGAUGGGGAAUACACGGUUUAGCCCCCCCCCAUAAUCCAUUCCUUAUUCGGUUUCUUCUGUCUCCGUGUUUUAUUUCCAUAUUUAAUAGAGACGGCGCCCCCCAUUCGUCUACCCUGUCUGAGGGGAAAAUGCCAGGUACUCUGUCGGUCAUCGUCCCCCUCCGCUGUCCCAUGCAUCACUCGUCCUCAUGCGGUACAGUAUGAAGCACCCACCCCAUUGCUGGGAGAGAGGGUCCCAGGGUGGAAGGGAGACGGCUCCUCUCUAGGCUCUCUGAGGAACGUAGGGUUUGCGCGCUGAAUGCGUUACCGGUGUAUACAGCUAAGUGCGGCUGCUGUGACGAUGGGUAAUAAUGCGUAUCCUGUAAUUACACACCCAGCUCCCAUGUGAUACAGUCCCGUGUAGCUUCCUCACAGGACAGGACGGCCCCAUGUAGGUGGGGCUCAUGAACAGACCGAGUCCUGUAAGGAUCAAUAGGUAUAGUAUGUAAUAUGCCCCCAAGACCGUAUGUUGUGUCUACACAAUGGCCGCUGUCAUGUCGUACGUACAUAGGUGAUGGUUAUUGCACGCUGAGUUAUAUCGCACUCAGGGACUGUGGACAAAGACACGGAGAACAUCUGCCCCUAUUUCCCUUUAGUUUAUACCUGGGAUUUGCCUCCAUGUACAGUAUGUACUAACAGAUAGUGCAGGCCCAACCGCUGAGCGCUUUGCAAGCCGCCCACCCCUGUCUGUCAGAUCACCACCUCAGUUCUCUUUCUAACUCACCGUAAGUGCGACAUUACACCGCAGGACGGGCCCGGUUACUGCACCAGAUCUGACCCCUGGCUGCACAUCUGCUACUGACGGGUGAAAUUCUGCGUUCCCCCCUCCAUAUAGAUGCUUCCGGUCCACCCCUCUGUUGCGUUACAAUCAUCCUGUUCCACCAAAUGAAAUCCUGUUUCCGGUUGUUUUCACGCCGCCCAUCCCUACCCUCUUAGAACCUCCACGGCUUGGCGGAAAUCCUGCCGCUCAUCAGCAAACAGACGAUGUAUCGCCCGCACUGCGCAGUGGUCCUGUGCGUCAUGAAUAACCUUGUGAUAUUUACCGCCCUCUGGUCCUUACACUUUUAUAACCUGCAGGUGUCGCUGCUGCCAAUCUCCGGGAGGGUUAGUCGGUGACUAAAAGCUCUCACUGUACAACAUACUAGGUAGAAGCCUCAGGACCGGACUCUGUACAGUGCGGACAGUGUCACUUUCAUUGUAGUUUAGCUCUGUUUCCUUUUACAAAGUAUUCAAUGUAUGGCCAUAAUUUCCACUGCUAGCGUGCAGUUCCCAGGUAGCGUAACCUGCAGUGUGGCAUUAUGGGUGGUGAUUCUCAUUCCAUAAGGAAAUAGUGAUUUUGUCAGUCUGUAAUUUCCAGGGGACAUCUGGGCUGGUGAUAAUAUACAGAUGGAGCCAUGCUCAUCUUGGCCUCUCUGCUGCGCCAAGGUUUAUUAGCAUAAGUGUUUCAUCUAUUGUUCUCAGCUGCAAUACAAUACAGAGAAAACAAUACGGCAGAGGGUUAAGUCAUUACAGGAGGGGAAUAAGUCCGACUGCCCUGGCUUAAUUACUCCUAUUAAAGGGAUAGAUGAGCAGGGCUCCACCUGUAUCACAGUGUAGCUCUUUGCACAUGAGGCGGAAGAUUCAGCACUAAGGAAGGAGAACAGCUCCCUCUUACUGCAUGUCCUAGAGCUGCCACCAGGGGGUGACGCUGCGUCCUUUUCUACUGGAGUACAUUACCCCCAACUAUUCCUUUGCGGCAUUUCUUGCGGCAGUGGAUGUGACGGUGUGCAUUCGCAGAUGUCAGUCCCUGCGCAAUCUCGCAGGCCGCCAAAUCCACCCUGAGAGCUUCAGCGGCUUCCUCUAGCCAGAUGUAUGGGGGCAGAGCCGUCCUUCCAAUAGCCAGUGACUACACACACAGGGUCCGGGUUAGGGAGUAGCCGUUAUUGGACGGAACGGAGAAGAGUUUUGAUAUAUUUAUUGAUAAAUAGCUCAUUAUAACGUGGUUGGCACAGAAACAAAUAGGUGACAUUAUGUGACGUAAUUCUGAAUACCGUGAGUUAUUGACCAUGUAUACAAUUAUUUUCCCCUAUGGAAUGUAUAUAGCUGCUAAGGGGAUCUUUCUUACGUAGGGGAUACAAGUAUACAUGUCCGGCGGUGAAUUGUGGAAUAUAUAUAUAUAUUUGUGUUAUAUAGUUGUGUUGCAGGAUCGCACAUUGAAGUGAACACUGGUCACAACAUAACGUGUCGCAGGGGUGUGUGUGAUGUCCUGGGUUUGCACUUGUCGGGUGUUAGUUGUUAUUAUUAUUUAUUAAUAAUCCGUAUCAGAGUUUUGCACAUUCGCUGCUCUCGGAUUGCAGGUUAGUCUGAGUAGUGCAUACGGUAGCCUGCUAUGUAUCUGUGAGCCCCGAGACGGGGGAACGCUAACCGUAGGUAGAUUGUUGUUAUAGGUUCAUGCUGCACAGUGCCAUAUUUCACAGGAUGUUCAUCUUUAAUGUGAUAAUUAGAUGGAAGUUGUUCCAGUGACUGGAGUCUUGGAAUACAGGGAAAGUCCAGUCAGUCAUAAAUUGGCUGGAUUGAUUUUGGGGUUUGCAUGGCGUAGUGUUAGUGUCAUAUACAGAGGCGCCUUCUUUUUAUCCAUCAGUGAGUCAGAGUCUCGUGCUACAAUCCUGCCGUUCCAGGUGUCCCUGGGAGGGAAUCUCUGGUAAUGAGACAGCAAAGAGACCAUAUCCGGUUCUGAUGUCAUGGUGGUAGGAUCAGGAUGAGUGUCAGACAGGGGAGACAUUACUCCUGUCACUCUCAGCAUAUGGCUGCUGGGAUAUAAGCCACGUCGUCUUCUUUGUUUCUUCUAUACAUAGGAUUUUAAUAAAUCUCCCAAUGUGGUUUACCUAAUGAAAGCCGGUCCAUUUCCCGGGAGUCCAGAGGCGUAAAACUCUGUUGUCUGGAUGUGAGGAUCUCAUUGGUAGUGUCAUUACUUAUAGAAUUCAGCUGUCGGAGCGGGUUACACUUGUACAUCAGUCAUUUAAGAGUUGUUUUCAGAUGUAGGAGUAAAUCUCCUGCCUCACACCAUGGUCCCAUGCCCAUUCGUUACCCCUGCCCGAGCUCUCAUUCCCAUUCUUACCCCCUCCUGAGCUCUCAUUCCCAUACCUUCCCCCUACCCGAGCUCUCGUUCCCAUUUCUUACCCCCACCCGAGCUCUCAUUCCCAUACCUUACCCCUACCCGAGCUCUCAUUCCCAUUCCUUACCCCCACCCGAGCUCUCAUUCCCAUACCUUACCCCCUCAGCUCUCAUUCCCAUACCUUACCCCUACCCGAGCUCUCAUUCCCAUACCUUACCCCCUCAGCUCUCAUUCCCAUACCUUACCCCUACCCGAGCUCUCAUUCCCAAUACUUACCCCUACCCGAGCUCUUGUUCCCAUUCCUUACCCCCACCCAAGCUCUCAUUCCCAUUCCUUACCCCCACCCAAGCUCUCGUUCCCAUUCCUUACCCCUACCCGAGCUCUCAUUCCCAUUCCUUACCCCUACCCGAGCUCUCAUUCCCAUUCCUUACCCCUACCCGAGCUCUCAUUCCCAAUACUUACCCCCACCCGAGCUCUCAUUCCCAAUACUUACCCCCACCCGAGCUCUUGUUCGCAUUCCUUACCCCCACCCAAGCUCUCAUUCCCAAUACUUAACCCCACCCGAGCUCUCGUUCCCAUUCCUUACCCCCACCCAAGCUCUCAUUCCCAAUACUUACCCCCACCCGAGCUCUCGUUCCCAUUCCUUACCCCUACCCGAGCUCUCAUUCCCAUACCUUACCCCUACCCGAGCUCUCAUUCCCAAUACUUACCCCCACCCGAGCUCUUGUUCGCAUUCCUUACCCCCACCCAAGCUCUUGUUCCCAUUCCUUACCCCUACCCGAGCUCUCGUUCCCAUUCCUUACCCCCACCCAAGCUCUCAUUCCCAAUACUUACCCCCACCCGAGCUCUCAUUCCCAUUCCUUACCCCCACCCGAGCUCUUGUUCCCAUUCCUUACCCCCACCCAAGCUCUCAUUCCCAAUACUUACCCCCACCCGAGCUCUCAUUCCCAUUCCUUACCCCCACCCGAGCUCUCAUUCCCAUUCCUUACCCCCACCCGAGCUCUCAUUCCCAUUCCUUACCCCCACCCGAGCUCUCAUUCCCAAUCCUUACCCCCACCCAAGCUCUCAUUCCCAUUCCUUACCCCCACCCGAGCUCUCAUUCCCAAUACUUACCCCCACCCGAGCUCUCAUUCCCAUUCCUUACCCCCACCCGAGCUCUCAUUCCCAUUCCUUACCCCUACCCGAGCUCUCGUUCCCAUUCCUUACCCCCACCCAAGCUCUCAUUCCCAAUACUUACCCCCACCCGAGCUCUCAUUCCCAAUCCUUACCCCCACCCGAGCUCUCAUUCCCAUUCCUUACCCCCACCCGAGCUCUCAUUCCCAUUCCUUACCCCCACCCGAGCUCUCAUUCCCAAUACUUACCCCCACCCGAGCUCUCAUUCCCAUACCUUACCCCUACCCGAGCUCUCAUUCCCAAUACUUACCCCUACCCGAGCUCUCAUUCCCAUUCCUUACCCCCCGCCCGAGGUCUCAUUGGGAAGAUCUGAUGCUUCCAGUUCAGAUUAUUUAUAAACUACAAAACAUGAGGAGCCGCCAUUCUCUUUUAUUUGCGCCUAUUUGUCCGCUUCUGUGUUUUAACGUCUGCGCUACUUCCUGGCCCCUGUGAGACAUCAGGAUCCACAAGGGGGUGUUGGGGCUUUUUUAUAAAGUGCGGUACCUUUGUAUGCCUGAAUGUUCUUAGCACAUUAGCUGCAAUGCACAUAAAUGUGUUUCUCUGUAUAACGCAGAUCCGCUACGUGCCGGGGCAACCGAAUCCCGGAGGUGGCAGAGAAACUAAAGAGAGUUAUAUAGGCUGAAAAUGCACAACCCCCCCACCACCACCACGCCACCGCACCAAAUCUCAGCGCUGACCUCACCAUUCCGUAACUAACUCUCGUGUUAUCAUACAGAUGUCGUGCGCGCUGAGUCUCCGCACCGUGCGGCACCUGUAUAGAUGAGUGAUUGCAGCCAUAUUGUAGUGAUCCCAGACCUCGCACAGACUGAGGGCCUGAUCCAGAGAUGGACGCACUGUAGAUUUAAUACGCAGUGGAACGUUUGCCUCUUCUGGCGGCCAUGCUGCACGUCUACAGGUUACUCUGCAGGUCCAUGUCUCACCGCUGUGCGUCCAGCAGUUGCUUUUCUGUACGCGAGUGGCGUUGGACGACUCAGUACAAAUCCCGGUGGCUGCGACAUGCGCCUGUUUUCGCACACGCCCGAUGCGUACUGAUUUGCGCACAUCCCUGAAUCGGGCACAGAGACAGGAUGAGACUUGGCAUGAUUGGGAAGCCCUGUGUUGCGUACCCACGGGCAGCCUGUAGCUCUCUCUCCAUCUGCUGUGAAACUACAAGUCCCAGCAUGGCUAGCAGAUCAGACCUUCUAUUGCCAAACACUAUAGAAGCUGUUUCCGGUUCCUUGUGUAAUCUGUUAUCUGUAGAACAUAUACAUAAAGGUAAUACUGUACUAACUGGUUUAUUUACAUGGUCACUUAUGAGCCCGCUAACCGGCGGAGUCUGACGUGAGGUAGUUACAGCGCCCUCUGCAGGUCAGUGACGGGUCUACACUGGAAUCAGUCCAUUCUUCUUACAUGCACAUCGACCUUAUAUCUCCACAAGGGAUUAUCUGCAUAGUUAUCCAGCCUCAGAGUCGCCCUUGUAUAAAUAUUAUAUUCCUUAUUGUGAUUGUCACGCUGGCUCGUUACUCUACUGGGAUAUUAUCGCUUCCUUCUCAUUUUACAAUAACACGUUCUAGAAACCAGUAAGGAUCUGUAUAUUGUAUGUUGUUAUAUUCUUACAAGAUGUUACACUGUAUCACACAGGAGGGGGUCACAGCUGGAGACUGCGUCUUAUUCUCUUCCAGCUUGUAACGCCAUAGCAAAUGUAUCAUUGGCCGCAGCCCGGACAGGACGGCUCGCACCUGCAGCCACUAUAUGGCUUCUCCCUCUGCGCGGUUCGUUUAUGCCGCCAUGAAUGCGGGUGUAAAUAUUUUGGCCGGCCAGUAUACACCAGGUGUCUUUGCUAUUAACCCAGCGUCCGCCUAUGACCAUCCCUGAGAUUACGUAUUGCUGUAUACAUUGCUCAUGUAGGAUAUUGACGUAUCCAAAGCAUCGCCACAAAACACUGGACGCCCCUUCCCGGGUCUGUGGGGUAACCCCACUCACCCAGUGGAGCGACGCAUUUGCUGAUUGCAUUACAUGACCUGUGGCACAAGAUAGAGUAAAUUAAAUGUCAUUUUUAUUUCUUUAUUUUUUUAUGUACUAUUUAUUUGACAGCGGGAUGUGUGUUCUUCUGUUGACAUAUGUAAACAUGUAUAAUAUUAUUUUUUAACAUUUCCAUUGCAGUAUUUAUUAAUGUUACUGGUGUGUGUAGUGUAACAUGACAAUAUUAAAAGCAUAUGUAUGAAAA